GCUCUCUCUCUAUCCAGUGUAAAAGCGUCACAGUCGAGCGCUGCAGCUCUUUCACUCAUCUCUGGUGGAGUGAAUGUACAUGAUGGAAAUAUCUGUGACGUUCCUCCUCACUGGAUGUCUGAUACAAGGAGUUUUUUGUGGCUUCAGUAUCAGUCUGCCGAAGAGAGUAGAAGCUCUACAAGGAGCCUGUGUUUUCAUACCCUGCACAUUUAAUAUUGAACAACAAUAUGAACAAUAUCUCACUGAUGCAAAGAGAAAAUGGUAUAAAGACAAAAACAUAGUGUUUGACUCCAGUAGCCCCGACACUGGAUUGUUAAGAGGAGAAAUAUUUGGCACUCCUACAGAGAAAAACUGCACCACUCGCUUCGAUAAUGUUAAGCAGAAAGAUAAUGGGUCAUAUUCCUUCAGACUUGAAGCCAGUGAUAAAUUAAAACAUACCUACAAAACUGUUAAAAUUGUCAUCAUAGAGUCUCCACCCAAACCCACAGUGAGUCUGUUGAAGGAUCAGCGGAAGGUGACGAAGGUGAUGGAGGGAAGCUCUGUGAAUCUGCGCUGCUCGACUAAGAUCUUCUGUUCCUCUCAUCCAGCAGUUCUCACAUGGAGCUCGUCUCCUGAACACCUCCUCAAGGAGAACGUCACACAACAGCAGCGUCAGGAGGAAACUAAGCUGAUCUCUGAUCUGAUCUUCACUGUAACUCACCGUCAUCAUUCAGCCACUUUCACCUGCACUGUAACACACCAGCUGCAGCAGAAGAUCACAAAAUCACAAAACGAGUCCCGUACGCUACGUGUUCAGUAUGCUCCUAAAAACACAUCUGCGCAUGUAAAUCCAUCUGGUUUUGUUCUGGAGGGUCGUUCAGUGACUCUGAGCUGCAGCAGUGAUGCAAACCCACCGGAGCUCAACUACACGUGGUACAGAGACACUGAAGAACCCCUGAAACCAGUGCAGACCGGACAGAACCUGACCAUCAACAACACCAACACGACACACAGCGGACGAUACGUCUGUACAGCUCAGAACAAACACGGCGCUCAGAACGCAUCAGUGCAGCUGGACGUCCAGUAUGCUCCUAAAAACACAUCUGCGCAUGUAAAUCCAUCUGGUUUUGUUCUGGAGGGUCGUUCAGUGACUCUGAGCUGCAGCAGUGAUGCAAACCCACCGGAGCUCAACUACACCUGGUACAGAGACACUGAAGAACCCCUGAAACCAGUGCAGACCGGACAGAACCUGACCAUCAACAACACCAACCCGACACACAGCGGACGAUACGUCUGUACAGCUCAGAACAAACACGGCGCUCAGAACGCAUCAGUGGAGCUGGACGUCCAGUAUGCUCCUAAAAACACAUCUGCGCAUGUAAAUCCAUCUGGUUUUGUUCUGGAGGGUCGUUCAGUGACUCUGAGCUGCAGCAGUGAUGCAAACCCACCGGAGCUCAACUACACCUGGUACAGAGACACUGAAGAACCCCUGAAACCAGUGCAGACCGGACAGAACCUGACCAUCAACAACACCAACCCGACACACAGCGGACGAUACGUCUGUACAGCUCAGAACAAACACGGCGCUCAGAACGCAUCAGUGCUGCUGGACGUCCAGUAUGCUCCUAAAAACACAUCUGCGCAUGUAAAUCCAUCUGGUUUUGUUCUGGAGGGUCGUUCAGUGACUCUGAGCUGCAGCAGUGAUGCAAACCCACCGGAGCUCAAAUACACCUGGUACAGAGACACUGAAGAACCCCUGAAACCAGUGCAGACCGGACAGAACCUGACCAUCAACAACACCAACCCGACACACAGCGGACGAUACGUCUGUACAGCUCAGAACAAACACGGCGCUCAGAACGCAUCAGUGCAGCUGGACGUCCAGUAUGCUCCUAAAAACACAUCUGCGCAUGUAAAUCCAUCUGGUUUUGUUCUGGAGGGUCGUUCAGUGACUCUGAGCUGCAGCAGUGAUGCAAACCCACCGGAGCUCAAAUACACCUGGUACAGAGACACUGAAGAACCCCUGAAACCAGUGCAGACCGGACAGAACCUGACCAUCAACAACACCAACCCGACACACAGCGGACGAUACGUCUGUACAGCUCAGAACAAACACGGCGCUCAGAACGCAUCAGUGCAGCUGGACGUCCAGUAUGCUCCUAAAAACACAUCUGCGCAUGUAAAUCCAUCUGGUUUUGUUCUGGAGGGUCGUUCAGUGACUCUGAGCUGCAGCAGUGAUGCAAACCCACCGGAGCUCAAAUACACCUGGUACAGAGACACUGAAGAACCCCUGAAACCAGUGCAGACCGGACAGAACCUGACCAUCAACAACACCAACCCGACACACAGCGGACGAUACGUCUGUACAGCUCAGAACAAACAUGGCGCUCAGAACGCAUCAGUGGAGCUGGACGUUCAGUAUGCUCCUAAAAACACAUCUGCGCAUGUAAAUCCAUCUGGUUUUGUUCUGGAGGGUCGUUCAGUGACUCUGAGCUGCAGCAGUGAUGCAAACCCACCGGAGCUCAAAUACACCUGGUACAGAGACACUGAAGAACCCCUGAAACCAGUGCAGACCGGACAGAACCUGACCAUCAACAACACCAACCCGACACACAGCGGACAAUACGUCUGUACAGCUCAGAACAAACACGGCGCUCAGAACGCAUCAGUGCUGCUGGACGUCCAGUAUGCUCCUAAAAACACAUCUGCGCAUGUAAAUCCAUCUGGUUUUGUUCUGGAGGGUCGUUCAGUGACUCUGAGCUGCAGCAGUGAUGCAAACCCACCGGAGCUCAACUACACCUGGUACAGAGACACUGAAGAACCCCUGAAACCAGUGCAGACCGGACAGAACCUGACCAUCAACAACACCAACCCGACACACAGCGGACGAUACGUCUGUACAGCUCAGAACAAACACGGCGCUCAGAACGCAUCAGUGCUGCUGGACGUCCAGUUUGCACCCAAAAUAUCCAUCUCUUGUAACCAAAGCAGUGAAAUCACAUGUGUCUGUGAGGCUCAUGGGAAUCCCUCGCCUACACUAAAGUGGCAUCUAUCUGGAAAUGUUCUCGCUAACUCUACAAACACGUCCAUCAGCAACGAAACUCCAGGAAACACAAGCUUGAAGAGUGUCCUAAUCAACUAUCAGCCCCUCACAAACACGGCCGUCCUGCAGUGUUUCAGUGCAAACACUCACGGCACUGCCAGCAUCAGCCAAAAGUUUCAUCCCGUCACAACAACAACGCCGAAGACAGAGACAGAGACACGUUUCCAUCAUCCAUCUAUGCUGCUCGGAGCUGCUGUCGGCGCAUUAGCGAUGAUGAUCUUGUGCAUCAUGAAGAUCUGCUAUGAACGAAGAAGGAAUCCCAAAGCUUCAGGAACCAGACAAGAUGACAGAUCUGGACUCAUUCUGACUCAAAUAGCCACUGCUUCCGAUGGUGACGGCGAGUGUGUUUACGCCGUUACACAUAAACCACCAGAAUCUCCUCAUUAUUCCUCCAUCGACUUCACGAACGCAGAGCCGCCGUCAGGAGAGAUCAGGGGCGUCUCCUCGCUGACAGAGGAAUAUGCUGUGGUCCGUCAUCGUUCUGCAAAAGACGCAGCAUCUGCGACGGACCCCAAGAAAGACCAAAGCCCACCAGAUAGCAGGGCGAAGAUCACGGAUGUGUCAUCAGAAGACACGAUUUAUGAAAACAUGUCCCGUCGCUUGGUUGCUUAAAGACAGAAAAGGAACAGUUGCGUUGCGUCCGAAAUCAAAUACUUCCCUGCUAUACAGUAUGCAAAAAACAGUACACCAACAGAGUAGUAUGUCAGAAUACAAAGUAUUCAAAAAACAAGUACCCGGAUGACCUACUACUUCUGAAGUGCACAUUCGAUGAACACUUUACUAUCACAUGACACGGCAGAGGCAGUGAAGCGACGCAACUGAGGCUGUAGGUCACAUGACAGUGACAACAAGUCACAUGAUAGUACCUACUCAGACAGUGUGCGAUUUCAGAUGCACCGCUGGUCAGUGCAGGUGUUGUUGAACAGUAAAGGUCUAUCCCACUAACACAUGUCUACACCAGACGCGACUGUUGUCGCUCGCGUCGCAACAGCUAAAAGCCAUCUACACUGGACACGUCAAAGCGCCCGUUGCAAAGCAUUUGUUCUUCAUGUCAGUAUGUCAUAAAUAGAACGAGGCAUCAGUUUACUGUCGGACAUUUGUCGCUUGCGUCGUGCCGUAUCUAGUGUAGACAACAUCACUGAAUAUAAUGGGUUCUAUUGUCUAAUAAUGUUUUUUUUUGUCGCGUCCGGUGUAGACACGGUGUAAGGACGAUAACUAUAAUGAUAACCAUAAAGAUUCGAAAGAUUAAAGAUUUUUUAAAAAUCAUUCGAAAUGUAAAGCAAUAGCAGAGUCCACACCACAACUGUAAUGUUGUAAAUUUUUUGAGUAGAAGGAAAAACAUGCUUAAACUUCUGAUAUAUGGUUUUCUGAGCACACACCUGAAGCAUGUGCACAGAAAGCUGGCUGUCAGAUGGCACAUCUCGUGAGUAUUAAACUAAUUUCUCUUUCACGUCUUACUGCACUUAAACUGUCAAAUACACACAAGGUUAAGUCAAAAACACACAAACAGUCGGUUAUGUCUGUGAACAUAAACAACAAGGAAAGAAAUCGCAUGUGUAUAUUAGAUCUGUGUAUUAAAGUUACAGAAGCGUAAUAUACAGUACUUACUGCUGUAUAUGCUGUUAAUAUGAUCCAAACAACAAAAGAAAUACAGAUAAUCACUCACUGCUCUUGAUUAAAUAACUUUAGUAACUUUAAUAAGAAUACACUUCUUACGCGAAUGCUGCUUUGGCGAGGAGAUAAACAUGGCGGACUGUGUACAGCUCACUCAGGGGAGGAGCUAAGCUAAUAAGACAGAUCAUCACCAGUCAUGGGCGGGGCUUACAAAAGAGUAGGGGGAAAUCUGGAACCGCUCAUUUGGAGAGAAUGUUUAUGAUUUAUGCGGAUUAUAAAAAAAGGAUUGGGUGGAUUUUUACCAUUAUAGGCACACACUGUGGACACACAUCUGUGUUCAAACACCUUAUAAAAGUGAAUUUUGCAUAAUAGGUCCCCUCUAAAGAGCUCAAAUGUUUUAAGUGGUAGACAACAAAACUCCAGAGUGCACAUAUAAUAAACAGAACAAUAUCGUUCGUUGGUGUGGAUGCUAAUAUUGUUAUAGUUAUCGUUCUUGGUGUGAACGGGCCUUAAGACUGAACCAAAACCUUCAAAUCUUUAUGCACACGUCAAACACCACAGAAGGAUUUUUAGAGCGAUUUAAAGGAUAUAAUAUAAUAUUGACAAAGUAUUGUUCAUUGUUUGUUCAUGUUUAAUAACUUACUGAAAAGUGUUACCAAAAUAAGAUAUGAAGUUUGUGGUCUUUGGUCAGAGAUUUUACAGAAAAUAUAGGAUUCAGAAGUUCAUUUCUGUAAAAUAUAAUAAGUUUGAACUUUUCUUACCAGAUCAGCAGUGGGAAACAUACCUGACCUCAGCGUGUUGUUUAUGUUGCACAUUAUUUGUGAUUGUGAAUAUCGUCAGCUUCUUCUCGUGUCACGCUUUCAGAAACACCUUUAAAAAUAAGAGCUCCUUCUGGAGGGACAAAACAUUUCUUUUUAAAACAUUAUUUUUUAUAAUUAUACAUAAGUGUCUUUAUUUUCUAUUCAAAAUGUAAUUUUAUUACUAUUUUUUAAAAGGAUCAUAAUUGUAAUCAGCUUCAUACAUUGUUUAUGAAAAAAGAAUAGAUAAAGACUAACAUUGAUUUACUUGAUUUCAUAAGUGUUUUCAGAAAUAUCUGAAAUGAAAUACUGACAAAAAGAACAAUGCUGUGAAAUGAACCUCCAUUUAGGACAGUAGUAAUAUUUCAAUUAAAAAUACAUAUUUAUAUUUAUAACUUUGAUAAAGACAAUAUGAAAAUAAAUGGUGCCUUUGUGUUCAAAACUUCUAA